AUGCCCAAGAGAAAGGCUGAAGGGGAAGCUAAAGGAGAUAAAGCCAAGGCAAAGGGCGAACCACAGAGAAGAUCCGCAAGGUUGUCUGCUAAACCUGCUCCUCCAAAACCAGAGCCCAAGCCUAAAAAGGCCCCUGCAAAGAAGGGAGAGAAGGCACCCAAAGGGAAAAAGGGAAAAGCUGACGCUGGCGAGGAGGGGAACAACCCUGCAGAAAACGGAGAUGCCAAAACAGACCAGGCCCAGAAAGCUGCAGGUGCUGGAGAUGCCAAGUGAAGUGUGUGUACACAGUAACUGUGUACUUCUGGUGACUGUACAGUUUGAAAUACUAUUUUUUAUCAAGUUUUAUAAAAAUGCAGAAUUUUGUUUUACUUUUUUUUUUUUUUUUUAAUCUAUGUUGUUAGCA